AGUCGCCUACACUGAUUCAGUGCUGCAAGCCUACUAUUUUGCCUAUACAGAUGCUUUCCAAUAAUAGCAUGCGUUGUGGGUUUUCUUCAGGAUGCCAGUUUCGGGUCCGGGAGGCCAGCGCUCUCCCAGCUGUUUCUGGCGCUGCGUCCUUUCGGAGGGGUGAAGCACGAUGCUUUCAGCUCAGUAAAGCCGCUCAACGCGACCCCAGCACACAGCGCCAGGCUGAGUUUGUUGAAGUCAAGCCCCCGGUCGAGGUGACAACUAUUUUUGAGAGAUGCAAAUCUCUUCCGUUUGAUGGCCUGGGCACGGGAGUAUGGGAUUCGUCGGUGGGCCAGUGCGUCGGAGGGCCAUCUCCAUCGACUUCGGGCGCCGUCUCUUGGCCAGCUGAGCGUGAUGCGGCUGCUUCAGGGUCAAAUCCCCCAUUCCGGGUUUCUGCGCCCCUUUCCUCCAGCUCCAGCUCCGCGCCAGCGCCCGACGGCCUCGCAGGUUCAUCUAGCGGCCCGGAAAGCAGAGCAUUGCCUCGAUCGCAGCAGGUGGCGCCGGGACCGGCACCAACCGCCCUGGCGCCAACAGACGACCUGUCCGCUAGCACCUCAACGGCGUCCGUGCUUGAAGUCGAUGAGCACUGCGCCGAGAAGCACCCGGGCAGCAUUAGCUGCACCACGACAACCGUUGAAAAGGAUGCGACGACCAACGCGUGCGUGGUGACGCUCAAAUCUACCGUGCGGCUGACCGACGCGCGGCUGCACAUGGAUCCCACGGAGCUGGAGGAGCUGGCGUGGCUGGCGGUGCGGGACGCGGCCAGCGAGAACGUGCUGGCGCUCAACCGCCAGUCCACGCGGGGGCCCGCGGGCCGGGAGGAGCGGCACCGGUUUGUGUGCCAGAUGCUGUCCAACGGGACCAUCGUGGAUGCCAAGCGCAUGGAGAACGGCUUCGGCCACGUGACGUACCUGGUGGUGCUGGAGGACGGCAAGGGCCGCAGGAUGCGGGCUGCGUUCAAGCCCCGCGUUGAGGGUGAUGGCGAAGGCUGGCACCGGGUGCCCAUCGAGGUUGCGGCCUACCAGCUGAACCUGCUGCUGGGCAUGGACGUGGUGCCGCCGGCCGUGUUUCGGGAGGAGGCGGACGUGGACUGGACACACUACCCGGCGGGCGGCGCCUUCAUCUACUGGUGCGGUGGCGCUCGGCAGCUUGACACGGUGCCUAUGCACGACUGGAGCCUACCCUCUGCAUCCGUGCUCUCUGACACGCGCAUCCUUGACGUGCUAAUUCAGAACAGCGACCGGCACGCCGGCCACUUCCUGUACGCGGAGCACUGGGCGGACGGCAGCUAUGUGCCGCAGCCUAGCCCGCAGCAGCAGCGCGCCAAGGGUGGCGGCAGCAGCACCGCCAGCCUGAGCGGCUGGCGCGGGCGCAUGAGCCCGGUGCUCAUAGACCACGCGGCGGGCUUCCGGCCGGACGCGUUUGUGUGCCUGGACCACGAAAACGCGUUCACGACGGGCCCCACACGCCACAUUUCGGCGCGCACCUACCUGCGGCUGCGCUUCCUGGACGCGCCCACGCUGCAGUCCGCCAUGGGCGGCAUCCUUACGCCCGAGGAGGUGGCGGCGCUGCUGUCGCGGCGUGACUCAAUGCUGGCAUUCUUUGACGGCCUGGUGGCAGACAAGGGCUACGGCAGCAUUGUGCUGGAGGCCUAGGCGGCUGCGUAGUGCUGAGGCGGCGGCGUGCUGAGGCGUCUGGGCUGGGCUUGGGCUGGAGGCGGGGCGAAUGCAGCGGUUACGGCAGAUGCGGCGUGUGCAAGGAGGUGGCGAGGAGCUGGCGUGGAGUUGUUGACCUGAGCGGCGGGGCUGGAGAGGCGUCUGGAGUCUCUGGACAGUGGCAAGGAUGCCGACGUGAUAAAUGGAGGCUGCGGCGCCCGGGAAUAAGUUCAAGACGUCCUUUCUUAACCGGCCUCAGUGCAUGGGGCCUGAAGGGACUGGCAGUGUAUUACAGGACCUACCAACGCGCCGCUUACAGCUCCGCAGGGGCGCUGUACUACUUUCCUUGAUCGUCAUGAAAGUCAGGAAUGCACCUUCGGUUGAAUGUUUGUCGCAGGAAAGGGCUUCCGCGUGCUUUCAAUACGUUACUGUGAUCAUCUGUUUUGCGUCUGAGUUUCGCACACUUCAUCUUGAAUAAUGCAUGCUCUUUCCUUGCGGGCAUCAGGUGGCAGGUGUGGUGUGGUGUGGUGUGCGAGUCGGCUCUAAAGGUGUGAGGUGGCGGCGCGGGAUUGGCAUUUCAUUAGGGCAGUGGCUGCGUAAGGCAGCGAUACCGACGAAGUCUUGACCAUGUAUCGUGUAUGCGGCAUGACUGACCCGUACGCACUUCUGUUUUCGCCAUGAUUGGGGCGAGAUGGCCAAGUGGGAGCAAAUUUAUGCGUGACGUGGAGCCGCUCAUCCCGGGUAGUGCACAUGCUUGAGUGCUGUGCCGCAUUAGGGUACGUGACGUGGACAUACGACGAACACAUUGGGUCCGUCAGUCCGGUGUGUUCAUUGACGUUGAGGCUCUUUCUAGCUUAGUCGGCUGGUGCAUCCGAAGUGGCGCCGCUGGUUAGGUGCAGUGGAACUUUAGGAUGCCGUUGGUUGUAGAUUCUUGGAAGCGACUAUUGUGAUCUCGGUAGUAUGGGCUGAGGCAAGGAGCACGUGGCCCUGUGCCGUGUACCUGUGUCAAACGAUGGCUGUUGUUGUUUGCAGGAAUUGCGAUGUUGCCGCCGCGAACCUUCUUCUGAUGCUCAAGCUCGUGGGCUUUGGCCGGCCGCCGCCGCUGCCCCGGGAGCACCAGCAGCAGCAGGGGGGCGGGUGAUGAUGUGGGGCGCGGUGUAUGGCGGUGGCAUCCUGUAUGUUUAGAGAGAUGUUUGGAGAGCCGCCUCACCCCGGUUAAUGCACGUGCUCGAGUGCUGUGCCGCAUUCAGGUGGUCCGGGUUUCGUGGAUGCGGUGGACUGUGAGCCGGUGGAGCAGUAAGUGCUUGCCGGUUAGGCAAAUGCCCAGCCGAGUGUGUGACAGUGUGAGCCAGAUUGUGAGGGAGCUUGUUCGCGUCAUCAUUGGGCGCGACAGCAACACCGAGCUCUCAGGCCUAGUCACGGGGCUUUAGUUCUAUCGUAGGGGCUCCAUUCGCUACAUAGCACAUGAGAUGCGCAUACAUAUGGUUUGGCAUCCUGUAAGUGGCUGUUUCC